AUGAAUCUCGUGACGGCGUCCCGUGACCAGAAAGGACCCUCCAGCGUCGUGCUCAUUACCUCGACCACCCCAUCGGCCUCGACGAGCCUGCACGAGACCCUGAAGGCCGGUCAAGCCGUUAGGAGUUGUGCGGCGGUCCACUUCAAGGGCCCGGCCCGGGCUCCAGUCUUCGGCGACAUCAGGAGCGUCCCGGCUGCAGUUCCGCCCCUACCAAAUGCUGGAGGCGUGCGAGGGGGCCGCCCCUCCUACGCGGCCAAGCAAGGGGGCGCCGACUUUAUGUUCGACUACGGGCUCGCCUUCAGCCUGCGGCCUGGUGGAGCUUUUGCUCGCGGCGGAUUCGGCUCGACGUGCAUCGGGCGCACGUGCGGCGGAAAAGGGACGGUCUACGCUCGAGGGAGCGAGCCCUUCGUCUGGGAGCGAAAACGGAACCGGGGCGGGGCCCUCAUCUGCCGGGGUGGAGGGGGGCACCUCCUGUGCUUGCGGUGCGUGGAAGCCGAGUACGAAGCUGGGCGCCCCUUUGUUUCGAGCGCGACCGGGGGCCCUGUCCCCCAGCGAGAGCUCUUUACCAAGUACGAAGCCUUUGAUGGCACGAAAGAGCUUUGGGAGAUACGGUCAGGAGAGGAGGCAAGGGAUGGCGGCUACCAGUUCUUUGUCCAGAGGAGGGACCUCGCCCCAUGUCUGCACUGCCGCGAGCCCAAGGCGGCCGCCCUUUCGAGGCGUGGUGUCAAGAGAGCGCUCGAGCAGGGGGCGAGUCCACGGGAGCUCGGCACGGCGGCCCUCCUCUCGGAGCUCCAUCGGAGCAAGAUCCCUCCGAUUGCUGUUGCUCCCGGCCUUUUUCUCCUCCCACAGCUUGACGCCUCCAGUGGGCGCCUUUUGGAAGUCUCUGCAACGGGACGGAGCCUCAGUAAUGUCCCACGGCUCGUCAAGGUCGACCACAUGGGCAGCUUCAGAUGCCUCUGUGGUCAGAAGGCGUGCCGUGACCACGACAUGAGGUUCCUGGAAGCGACCCGACUCAUGAGCGGCUGGUGGCAGGGAGGCGCGGCCAUCUUCACAGCCUUUGAUGACAGCCGUCCGUUUGCGCGAGAGGUCACGAGCGGCGUGCCUUGGGUAUUGCCCUGGGAACAAGGGGGUUGCUUGGGGAGUGCACUGUUUGGGUUGGAUGCAGAGGCGUGGAAGGGAGGGCCGCACCUCCGAGUGUUUGUCGUGAGCGACCCUGGAGAGGAGCCCGUGGUUUGCGUGCUUGGAGGAGAGGGUGCGCACUGUAGCAGUAUCAACUGCACGGGUCCUGAGCGGUGCCGGCACCUUUUGAGUGUGCUUUUGAAGCAAACCAUGCCCUUGAUCGAGCGCGCAAUUGAUGGAGGCAGGAGCAAGGCGACGCGAAUCGUUGCUGAGAGACGCGCCAAGAGGGUCGCGCAGCGGGAAGCAGGGGCAAGGAGGCUCUUGGUGUGCAACGACCCCAUUUGCCGUCGGCCAGACUCGAAAGUCGUCUGCACCCACCGAGGAACUCUUGAGCCCUGGGAGUGCUUGUCAGCGGCGGCGCUCGACAUGGGGCACAGCCACAAGAAGGUCGAUACGAUCAUGAGCCGAGGUGGUGCAAGUGUUACGAGCCUUUGCGACCGGUGGGGCGAGGAGGGCGUGCGGCGGCGGGACAAGGCAAAGCAUUUUUGUGCUCCAAGACCCGUCGAGGUGCUCGCGCCGUGCGGCCGCCCAUGGCAGGUGGAGAGCAAAAGGGGGGCGCUGACAAUGGCGGGGGCGCGCUACGAGGUGACCACCUAUCGGAGAGUCUGCCGCAUCACUCCUGGGCGAGAGGCGGCUUGCUGCUCAGUAGUCUACGACGGCCAGGAGGACGGCAUCUUUAACUUCUCCGGCACGACGCUUCUCUCCCACGGCCUUCUGCUGCGCAACCACUUUGCGGCGGCCCUAGGGGCGGCCCACAGUCUCAACUUUGAGGCCGGCGAUAUGGCCGCGAGGUGCCUGGAGGGACCCGGAGUUUCGAGGCUAGACGAUCGGGUGUUCGACUCCGCCAUGCAGGCCUUCAACGACCUGGCAGCACGCGUAGAGAUCCAGCACGUGUGUUCACGAUCCGAUUGCGCGCACCUCUACACGAGCGAGGUUGAAGCAGCCGAGGCGGAGGCGCGUGCGACUGGCGUCCCUCUGAAGGCGGAGCGAACGGAGGGGUUGACCUCGGAGUUGGCAACAUUUGCAUUUGGGCGAGACAAGGUCAUCACCUUUGAUGGCACCUUCUUUGCCAACUCGAGCGCCAUGCGAGAUUCGACCACGGAAGCGUCGCUGCAUAGCAUAUGCGAGCCGGAUCCGGAGGCGCCCAGGGUUGCUGGCGGCUUCACUCCUUUGAGCGUGGGCGGGGUGCGGCCCUCACAGGAUGGGAACCGAGCGCCUUCGGACAUGUUGCCAGAGGGGAUCGACUGCCCUUGGAAGUACCGAAACGGACUUUCUGAGUUGCGGCCGGCCGUGCGAGCACUCGCGCAAAGGUGGUGCAACUUUCGAAAAGCUCCAGCCCAAGGGAGCAACGCGCCUUUAAAGUCGGAGGAGUUCGUCAUGAUGCGAGAAGGGCUGCCGGCAAACGUCGUUGCCCUGAUCGACUUCGUGACGGAGGCGGGAGCGUGCGCCAACCCCGCCACGUGUGACGUUUGCCAGGCGGUCCCGAGGCGGCCUUGGAUGCAAGGGUUCCUGAAGGAGGGGCCGGUGGGGCCAACCGGCUGGUGCCCAACCCAUUUCCAAGCGUACGGGGCCCUUCUCCACGCCCUGCUUAUUCCGAGGUACUCCUGGGUGUUCGGACGCGUCGUCACCUUAAAGUUGCUGCGCCACUUGCUACUAGAGGGGCCCCUUGACGCGCGAGGCAUGGCGUACCUCUCCAACGACGGCCCCAUGCUGGCGGCCGUUCUGCACCUCCAUCCCACGGCAGAAGGGUUACACGCAUUCCCCAAGACGUUGCGGCCACUCGUGCAGGAUAUCUACGCCAUGAACCUCCUGUGCUUCGAGCCCAGCGCAAACCGGCCCAGCUCGCACAAUUCGCGGUCGCCUCUGGCGGCCCUCCAUGACGCCACCGAACACCUAUGGACGAUCGAAGGGGAGAGGCUGAGGCUCAUGGGUCAGCUAGAGGCGGCCGCGAUGGAGUGUGCGGAACAGAGGGGGGCAAUUCUUAAGAGAGCCGCCAACUUGGUCCUUUUCAAGCUCGAGGUCCGCGAGCCCCCGUGCUACGAGGAUGGCGGGUUUCUUCGAGCGCCGUCAACACUCUACGCGGAGCAGGCCGCCGCCGUUUCGGCGUACGCGUUCCAUCCUUUGCUGUACGGACGACCGCGAUUCGUGGACUGGGAGGACGAGGCUGGCCGGGGGAAGAAGGGGUCAGAGGAGCGUCUAACUCAACACUGCAGCGCCCCCAAUCCACGAUCGUCCAAGGGGCGAGCCGGAAUCUUCAUUGCGUGCUGCCAAGACCGGGCCCCCCUUGGGUACCACUGGCUCAAGGGCGGCGAGUCGGUCUCGGACCUCGGGACGAUUCUUCUGACACGGUUUCCCUUCAAGACGCUGCGAGGCAUGACCGUCGUGGAGGACGCUUCGUGCAACGCGCAAGAGUGGAUGUUGAACCGGGUACCGCAAUUGGCGAAGUUCAUCCUGUUUGUCGUUGACCGCUUCCAUUCGGGGCCCAUCAGCUGCGCGCCAUUGGGGGCAAAGCGCUACGCUACGCACAUGUGUGCUCCGACACUCUUCAUCGACUCUUUCCCGCAACAUGAGCGGACAAUCACGACAGCCUCGGAGGGCAUCAAUUCGGGGUUGAAGAGAUGCGCAGCUAGUCUCCAGCAGAUCACGAGCAUCAAGAGGUUGAUGAGCCGUGUCACAACGAUCCUGGAUACAUUGUUCGAGCGAUCAAAGUACGCGGUCUUUUGGAGAGAGGCUAACAGUCCGUUGAGAGACCUGAUAAAGAGGAUACGGGGCUGCUGA